CUCACAGCCUUCCUGGAGUUUAGCUAAUUUGCCUAUUUGGAUGGCUUAAUUUGCCUGUUCAGAUAGCUUUUUGAGACAGAAACAAAGUGUGAAUACAGACAGAAAGAGGUCAUUUGGAAGUGGGAGGAGACAUAGAGAGAUGCACAGGUGGGGCGCAGAUUGGAGAGGAGGCAGUUGUUUCAGGAUAAACACAGAGGGAAGGUGAGGUGGAGCGUUGCUGGCUGCCUGGGCUCUCGGCUAUUCAGAGACAGGUUGGACUGGUUUCUGGCUUCACAAUACUCGUGUUUCCCCCCGCUUUUGCUCAUUUAAACCAGCAGAGAGGGAAGAAGAGGUGAACCAGAUAAAAGUGGCUGUGGAAAGAUUCAAAAGGGUUCUCUGUACAGCUCAACAUUCGGCCAAGAGAGGAGCUUCAAAAUGCCAGAUGAGGGAGAAGAAGGAGAGUUUUAUGGAAAGCAUGGCGAGCCGAGGAAAUAUGACUCGAACUUCAAGGGCCCGAUCCAGAACAGGGGCUGCACAGACAUCGUGUGCUGCAUCCUCUUCAUUAUCGCCAUACUGGGUUAUAUCGCAGUGGGAAUACUCGCCUGGUCCCAGGGCGACCCCAGGAAGGUGAUCUAUCCCACAGACAGUCGAGGCCAGUUCUGUGGGCAGGCUGGCACCCCACUGGAGAACAAGCGACUGCUGUUCUACUUCAACAUCAUGAAGUGUGCCAGCCCCAUGGUGCUGCUGGAGUUCCAGUGUCCCACCUCGCAGAUGUGUGUGGAGAAGUGCCCCGAUAAGUUCAUGACAUUAAUCAAAGCCUACUCCAACCAAAAAGACUUUGACUACUACAAGACCUUCUGCAAGGAAGGUGUGACUAAUACAAUGGGUAUACCACAAAUCCUUAAGUUGGGUCUCUGUCCUGCCAUGCUGACCCCCAGCAGACCCUUCACUCGUAGAUGUUUCCCUGCUUUGGCUGACAAAGGAGGGGUGAUAACUGUGGGAAACAGCUCUCACUUUGAUGAUGGAAGUGGGAACAUGAGAGAUGCCAAGGAUCUUGUCGAUGGAGUCAAGAACGCCACUGUGGUUAUCGAGGCUCGUCAGGUGGUCAUGAAAAUCUUUGAGGAUUACACGCAGUCCUGGUACUGGAUCCUGAUAGGGCUGGUCCUCGCUAUGCUCACCAGCCUGCUCUUCAUCGUCCUCCUGCGCUUCCUGGCAGGGAUCAUGGUCUGGGUCAUGAUUGUCCUGGUGAUACUGGUCAUCGGAUAUGGUAUCUUCCACUGCUACAUGGAGUACGCUGCUCUGAAAGGACAGGCGGGCUCUGAUGUGACUCUACAGGAUCUGGGCUUCCAGACAGACUUCACCGUCUACCUGCAGAUCAGACAGACGUGGCUGGCCUUCAUGAUUAUCCUGGCCAUCGUGGAGGUCAUCAUCAUCCUGCUGCUCAUCUUCCUCAGGAAGAGGAUCCUCCUCGCCAUUGCGCUCAUCAAAGAAGCCAGCAGAGCCAUCGCUCAUGUGAUGAGUUCCCUUUUCUACCCACUGUUCACGUUCCUCCUCCUGGCCAUGGUCAUUGCCUUCUGGGCAGUUACUGCUGUCUUCUUGUCUACCUCUAAUGAACCCAUCUACAAAGUUUUCAAUGAGACAGUGUGCGACCACUCAAGAAAAACUUGUGAUCCAGCGAACUACACAACCAGUCCUGAAAAGGCGCAGUGCCCCGAUUCCGAGUGCCUUUUCGCCUUCUACGGCGGAGAGACCGUUUACCACAAAUACCUGAUCGGCCUGCAGUUCUACAACGUCUUCCUCUUCUUCUGGUGCGCCAACUUCGUCACGGCUAUGGGACAGAUGACCCUGGCCGGGGCCUUCGCCUCGUACUACUGGGCCUUCAAAAAGCCGGACGACAUGCCUGCCUUCCCAGUGUUCUCUGCACUAGGGAGAUCUCUCAGGUAUCACACAGGAACUCUGGCGUUCGGCUCCCUUAUCCUCUCAAUCAUUCAGAUCAUCAGGGUUUUGCUGGAGUAUCUGGACCACAAGCUGAAAGGAGCCAAAAAUAAGUGUACCAGGUUCCUGCUGUGCUGUCUGAAGUGCUGCUUCUGGUGUCUGGAGAAAUUCGUCAAGUUCAUUAACAGAAACGCCUACAUUAUGGUGGCGAUUUAUGGCAAAAACUUCUGCUCCUCUGCCAGAGAUGCCUUCUUCCUCCUCAUGAGGAACAUGGUCAGGGUGGCUGUCUUGGACAAAGUGACAGAUUUCCUCUUGUUUUUGGGCAAACUGCUCAUUGUCGGGCUCGUGGGGAUCUUUGCCUUCUUUUUCUUCUCUGGGAGAGUGAAGGCCUUUGAGAAUACAGCUCCCCAUCUCCACUACUACUGGGUACCCAUCCUGACUGUGGUGGUCGGCUCCUACCUCAUUGCCCAUGGAUUCUUCAGCGUGUAUGCCAUGUGUGUGGACACUCUCUUCCUCUGUUUCUGUGAAGACCUGGAGCGCAAUGACGGCUCAGCCGCAAGGCCUUAUUACAUGUCCUCAACUCUUCAUGAGAUUCUGUGGAAGAACAAGGCCGAGGAUCCGUCUUCGCCUCCUGCUCAGGAACAGGACGAUGAAGACACCCAACGAAACCCAUGCAACAUUUUUUUAAACUGUUCUAGUUAAGAAUAUCUUAAACUAUGAUAUUAAGGACUUUGUUGUUGUCCAUUGGGAAAAUCUCCUUUGCACUUAAACCCACUCAUCAUCUCACAGAGGCAGAUAAUACAGCUACAGAACACUAUGCCUUAAAAUGGAGAUUCAGUGUUUCCUUUAUUCCAUUUACCUUAUCUGUCCUUCAACACAAUGAACCAUUGGAAACAAGAUGUGAAGGAUUUUCUUAAUUGACCAUUUGCUAAACCCCUCCCCCAAUCAGUGAUUGUUCAAUCAUAACUUAGCAACCAUAACUAGCCUUUCACGCUUUGAAUUUCUCCGCAUGUGUGCAAGAGGCUGUAGUAAGAGUUGUAGCUUUACGAAGUGAACUAGAAGGGCAAUCGGACGGUCGUUGUGUGUAUCCCCCCCGUGAUUCAGAAACGUGUGCUAAACGUGCUAAUGGGCUCUUCCUUGGCCCAUGAUACACACUUCCACCAAGUUUCAUACAAAUCGGGCCAGUCGUUUUUCUGUAAUCCUGCUGUAAAACAGACAAACCAAACCUCCUUGGUGAAGGUAAUAAUUACAUUAAGGAAUGUAUUAAACUCAGUUUAGUGUUAGCAUGUUUGGCUAACUAGCUUACAACCUAUAGUUCUUAACCCAUUGUUGGUUCCAACGCAAAGGAGCAUUUUAUACUACAUUAUCUUGGGCGGUUACAGGUUCUGUUAAAAAGGGCGUAUUCACUGUGUAGUAUUUUUCAAUGUGUGGAAGCCGGUCCUGGAUGUUAUAUCAGAGUGUAGGCUAACUCAGCGACUCUUUCCUAAUUCCAAUACAGAGCAAGACAGUUUACACACGAGCCACCGCAGCCUAACGCGUUAUUCGAGAUAGCAUUAUGUCCACUAAACGCAGCAGUUACUCCUCACCUGAAAAGCCUUUUCGUCUUUUUUAAACAAAAUUGCUAGCAAAUUAGCAAUAGAGCAUAAAUCUAACGUCUGUAAUGUAUACGUCAGAGAUACUGUGCGGACUGUACUGAUACUGAGCUGUGCGGAGGCAAUAGAAAUGCUCCCAAUCCCGUAUUUAGCACCUUAACACAUCCCUCUAUCCUCUGAAACCCAGAGAGGCUCACAAUACAUUUUUUGCAAGUCCAAGUCAAGUCUCAAGUCACUGUGUGUGCAACUUGAGUCCAAAUCCAAGUCCCCAUCUCUGGUAUACGUGUGUAAACUAGGCAAACCAAACAAGCUUAUGUUAGGACAAAACAGUCUCACAUUUUUCCUCAUCCUAGCCUCGGUCUCAUAUCACUGUAAUGUGUAAUAUGUGAGAACGGAAAGCUUGACAGGCAUAGCAACAAUAACUGGGGAUUAGCGAAUGGUCAAUCAAACAUCAAGCCUGUCUUUAGGAAUGAGCACUUUAAAAUGUGUGUAAUUUGUUGCAUGAUUAAGACGAUGAAAUGGUCUCUCAUUGGAGAUAGGAAAGAUUCUCUUGUUAACAACCAGGUCUUCCUUCACUUUAACGACAUGGUGCUUGAUUACGGUACUCCUGAACGUGUUCGUAACCCCACUCGACUGAAUGUCAGGUGAUUGUAUGAAUGGAUUACUGUGACAUUUAUGUGACAAACUGACAUUUCUAAACUCAGUUUUUAGCUUUUUAAUAGUUCCUCCCACUGCCACUGGCCAAUAGAAACUUGAAGCCGUUCAUGUGCCUAAUUGACAGUGUUAACGUAGGUCUGUUUGCACCGUUUGACUUAAAGGGUAUCUAAUUGUUUACAGUUUCUACAAUCAGAACCACGUGAUCAUCAGUAUUACUUCGUUAGUGUGCUGUUCUAUAAAUGCACUUUAAUUUCUAUUAACACCAAACAGGUUUUUUUUAUCUGUAUAAAUGAAGAUUGUUUUUUUUGUUGAGGUUAGCUGCUUUGCAGACUGUUAUGUUGAAGUUUUUACUGUGAAACGAAUGUAUUUAGUUUUGCAUUCAGUACCUUUUUACAAAGGAAUGUGUUCUUGGCUGUAAAGUUGGUUUAAUAAACAGUAUUUGAGGCAACAAGCCACGAAACAAA